CAUCCGCGCUCUUAUAUCACCCACCUCCUCCACCCUUCUUAGCCACUCAAACCCGUCUGCCUUUCUUGAUGGCCUCCUCCACCUUCCGUCUCUUGCUUCAACUUUCUCUCCUCCUCGCCCUCCUCUUUCUCCAAAACGUCCACCCGGCCACCACCUCAUGCUACACCUCCAUCUUUAGCUUCGGGGACUCCCUCGCCGACACCGGAAACUUUCUCCACUACGCCAACCAGGGCCCGGAAGCCCGGCUUCCAUAUGGCGAGACUUACUUCCAACACCCCACCGGCCGGUUCUCCGACGGGCGACUCAUCAUUGACUUUAUUGCACAAGCCAUCGGAGUGCCGCUCGUGCCACCGUAUCUAGCAGGACCCGGCGAUCAUGGUUUCCGGCGUGGGGCGAACUUUGCGGUGGGAGGGGCGACGGCGCUGGACAACGACUUCUUCAGGGCUAGGGGUUUCGAUGUUUAUUGGACCGAGUACUCGUUGGCCACUCAGAUCGACUGGUUCAAGAAACUGCUGCCUUCGCUCUGCUCCUCCGACUCAGAAUGCGAAGGUAUCUUCAGCAGCUCCCUUUUCUUCUUGGGAGAGAUUGGAGGCAAUGAUUACAACGAGCCGUUUAUUCAAGGAAUAAGUGUGGACGAGAUUCGGACCUUUGUUCCCGAUGUCAUCUCUACCAUUACCUCGGCACUGAGAGUGUUGAUCGAACUUGGGGCGAAGACAUUGGUGGUUCCGGGUAACUUUCCGAUUGGAUGUGUCCCACUAUAUUUGAUGCACUUCCAAAGCCCAACAGCAGAAGAUUACGAUCCAGAAACGGGUUGUAUCAAAUGGUUAAACGAGUUCUCAGAGUACCACAAUCGCCUACUCCUGGAUGAACUCGGCAAGCUGCGUCGACUUUACCCACAUGUCGCCAUCGUCUAUGCCGACUAUUACGAAGCACUAUUGAGCAUCUUCCGAUCUCCACAUGAAUUUGGAUUCGAGAAACCUUUUGAUGCAUGCUGUGGAGGUGGCGGUGUCCAUAGUUGUUGUUCCAUACCCUGUGGAGAUGAAGGUGCUGCAGUCUGCAGCGAUCCAUCAAAGCACAUCAGCUGGGACGGAAUGCACCUAACGGAGGCGGCUUACAAGGCAAUUGCUCGUGGCUUAUUAGAAGGACCAUACACCGCUCCUCCCAUGAUCCGAGCAUGCCCGCACGUAGAGCAGCAUGUUGCUCUUCUCCGAAACGCUUCCAUCCGACCACCUGCGCAAGCUUACAGUGCUUCUGUUUAGUUAGAAUAAUAAUAGCAAUCACUGAAGUAAUGAUAAUAAAUAGAAGUAAUUGCAUUAAAAAAAUGCAGCACCGUUUUCCUGAAAAUGUAAAAAAGCUGAUGCCCAUUAGGUAUGAAAUCUUACACCUCGAAUAUAUAUUUAUCUACAGUGCAUAUCACACCUCAAAUAUUAGGUAUGCACUUUCCUUCUUGUGGUAGAUUAUUAAGAACAAUAUCUAUACACUGUUUGACAGGAAUCACUUGGCUGGUGUUUUCUCUUGUUGCUGUUCUUUAUUUAUGUAAAUGAUAAAUUGAUGGAACCAA